AUGUGCUCGACGAGCAACCGGGAAACAGAGCAGUUUAAGACGCCGAUUGAGUUGUGUCUCCAUGACCUGGAUAUCAUCCGCCGUGUGACCUUGCCGGAUCUCAAGGUGAUCCGAAUGAUAUCGCCGCUAUAUAGACCAAGCAUAAUUUCUGGCGCUGCGUCGGCUUCGUUGCAAGCAAGUCUAGAUUUUUCACCAAGAUAUCUACUCCAACAGCUUCUCGAUAUGGGCUCCAUGGACAGCGACAUCAAGGCAUUGAUGUGGUGUCCAGUUGCAGCUCAUCGGAAACUGAUGCCAGAAGAGAAGAUCGUCGGCUUCAUCAAGCGACUCAAGGAGUGGAAGAAAACUACUGGAAUCUUAUUCCACAAGCUUGGUGUUGAUGAGGCGCUCUCGGAGCCCGUCAACUUUGACCUUGCAACUUUGGCAAACAUUCCUAUGCCCCCGCCGCCGUAUGCAAUCUUGCCAAAGGAUUUCUGUCUCAUCCUCGCCCUCUAUGUCUUCUACCGAAUGAGGCUCUCCUGGGCACUAAGUAUUUACAGUGGGGGUGAGAGCAAUCUCGAGCUGGAUUGCUAUCAUUUCACUUAUCAGCUAUUGCGAUUUGUCACGACAGCCCUGAGUAGCUCAUCCGCCUCCGAUGAUAUCCCAUUCGGAUGCGAGGCCCUGAGAGUGGGGCUUUCACCAAUGCUAUUUCUCGCUGGACAGUCUUGCCCGAGGCCAACCUGGCUUCGAUGGAUAUUAUUUGAAUUGGACCGCAUCGGCCGGGAAGGGGUUUGCAACAACAAAGCCUUUGCUGCAAGCCUGGAGGUCUUGUCUACUCUCGAGAAACGCGUGGGCCGGGAGCCGAGACGGCCUGAUGUGGAAUACUUCACCCCGCCACAUCGGCGUGUCAUUUCAGUUAUUUUCCCUAAUUUGAAUGGGCGGGGCUACGUCACAUACUACGCUCAAGCCCGGCCUGGCGAGGAAAUCGAUUCGCAGGAAUCUCACACCCCCUUGUGUAUUGCCCGCUGGGCAAGUUCUGCCAAUGGCGGUAGACCUGCCGUCACUACCUGUGAUGGGACGGAUGUGCCAUUCAGUGAAUGGGUCAUGGAUCAGCCUCUCGUGAGGGAAUGGGCACAAUGGUUGACAUUCUCCGAGUUUGACCUUAAUCAGACGCUUCAUGAUCACAUCAAUGGAAGUCGUCUUUUGCUCGACCAUGAUAAAACGGCUAGUGAUAUGUGA